AUGGCAGACGAACAGUGUGCCAAUCCAUUACUCCUUGGCUGGGUCAAAGAAUGGCUGGAUACAGCAAGAGAACGCAAUUCGAAAGGGUUUACAGUCUAUAGAAAGGCCUACGACUCCUUGAAGUCAUGUCCACUCCCAUUUCAGCAUCCUGCAGAGGCACAACAAUUACACGGCUUCGGACCCAAACUCUGCGAGCGACUGACGGAUAAACUGAAAGACCAUUGCCAGACAAAUGGACUUGCCAUGCCUGACCUGCCCCGAAAGGUUAAUGAAGGGAAAUCCAACGCCGAUGAUGGCACUGCUCCCACGAAGCCGGCCAGGAAAAAGAAGGCCUACGUACCAACUUUACGAUCCGGACCCUACGCGCUGAUCCUCGCGCUGUCCACCAUCCCAGAGAGUGCGCCCUCCGGAAUUACGAAGCAGCAAACAAUUGAGCUGGCUCAACCGUACUGCGACUCUUCAUUCACUGCGUCUAGUGACCCGACCAAGUUCUACACAGCGUGGAAUUCGAUGAAGACGCUCCUGGAAAAGGACCUCGUUGCCGAGAAGGGUCGACCGUUGAGGAAAUACUGUCUCACGGACGAAGGAUACGAAGUCGCCUCACGAAUCAAGGCAUCACAGCCGACUGCGGAUCCCAAACAGAGUACGCUCGAUGCCCCUGUAGUGCCGCCGAAAUCUCGACAACGUGCUCCAGCUGGACCAACACUAGGUGUAGCGGACGAUGAUGGGUUCAUGGCCCUUAAUUCGAGUCCCCCCCCUCCUUCACGAUCAGAACCGCAGUAUGAUAAUGGAAUGGAUGGUAUACAAAAUGAUAUUGUACCAUUCGGAGACGCGCUAGCAGACGAAAUCGCCCUUCCCACAUUCUCACCCAUCACCAUCCCAUCCUCAGUAUUCACGCUAGAACUAGUCCUCGACGUCCGAGAAGUCCGCGCCAAGGAAGACAGAGACUACAUGCGCGUCGAGCUCACCAAGAAGGGCGUCACCCCCAUCAUGCGAAGUCUCGACCUCGGCGACGCCCUCUGGGUCGCAAAAUGCAAAGACCCGCACUACCUCCAGCGCCACGGCCUCGAGGGCGACGAAAUCAUGCUCGACUGGAUCAUCGAGCGUAAGCGCCUCGACGACCUUGUCGGCAGCAUCAAAGACGGGCGCUUCCACGAGCAGAAAUUCCGACUCCGGAAAUCGGGGGUCAAGAACGUCAUAUACAUCAUCGAGGAGAUCUCCAUGAACGCGGACCACUUCCAGAAGUACGAGGAGGCGGUGGAAUCCGCCAUCGCGUCGUCGCAGGUCGUGAAUGGGUAUUUCAUCAAGAAGACACAGAAGAUGGAUGAUACGAUUCGCUAUCUCACGCGCAUGACCGUGAUGCUGAAGGGGCUGUACGAGUCUAAGCCUCUGAAAGUGAUACCAACCCGCGUCCUCACGACGCAAAACCACCUCCCCCUCCUAACCCAACUAUCCGAAGAACACCCCGGCGUGACGCACAACAUCACGUACCAAGCAUUCGCCUCUCUCGCCUCUAAAUCCGAGACCCUCACCCUCCGCGACGUCUUCUUGAAGAUGCUGAUGUGCACGCGCGGCGUGACGGGUGAUAAAGCCCUCGAGAUCCAGCGGAGGUGGAAGACGCCGCGGGAGUUUGUAAGGGCGUUUGAGGAGUGUGGGGGGGGGGAGGAGGGGAAGAAGAGGAAGUUGGAGAUGGUGAGUGGGCGGAUGAAUGGGUUGGUGGGGAGGAAGAAGGUGGCGAGGGCGUUGAGUGCGAGGAUUGCGGAUGUGUGGGCGGAUGCGUGA